AUGAGACACAUAGCAAUUGGUUUAGAAGGUUCGGCAAAUAAACUUGGUAUUGGGAUAGUAGCGCAUGAUGAUGUAACCGGAAAAGUGGAAAUAUUAUCCAAUAUUCGACACACACAUAUCACACCUCCAGGCACCGGGUUUCUUCCAAGAGACACAGCGGCACAUCAUCGAGAACAUGUUUUACCCGUUCUUGAAAAUGCCCUUAGAGAAGCGAGAAUAACAAUCAAGGAUAUUAAUGUAAUUUGUUUCACUAAAGGACCUGGGAUGGGCGCACCUUUAGCAUCCGUGGCUAUUGUUGCCAGGACUUUGUCAUUGUUAUGGGAUAAACCGUUGGUUGGUGUAAAUCAUUGUAUCGGACACAUUGAGAUGGGACGAGAGAUUACUGGUGCCGAGAAUCCUGUGGUGCUGUAUGUGAGUGGUGGGAAUACUCAGGUGAUUGCCUAUGCUGAAAAACGGUACCGGAUCUUUGGGGAAACCUUGGACAUUGCAGUUGGCAAUUGCUUGGAUCGAUUCGCUAGAGUGUUAAAUUUAUCGAACGAUCCUAGUCCAGGAUAUAAUAUCGAACAAGCGGCGAAAUCCGGCAAAACGUUCAUCGAACUUCCAUACACUGUAAAAGGAAUGGACGUGUCAUUUUCGGGGAUAUUGUCUUACAUCGAAAUGAUUGCCCAAGAUCAACUCGCGAGUGGUGAAUGCACCCCCGAAGACCUAUGCUUCUCGUUACAAGAGACGAUAUUUGCAAUGUUAGUUGAGACCACUGAACGCGCGAUGGCCCAUAUUGGGAGUAAGGAGGUAUUGAUCGUAGGUGGCGUUGGAUGCAAUUUGAGGCUGCAAGAGAUGAUGAUGCAGAUGGUUGGACAACGUGGUGGAAAAGUUUUUGCCACCGAUGAACGAUUUUGUAUUGAUAAUGGGAUUAUGAUUGCGCAUGCAGGUUUAUUGGCUUUUAGAACUGGAUUUACCACGAAGUUGGAAGAGUCCUUCUGUACUCAAAGAUUUAGAACUGAUGAAGUUUAUGUAUCGUGGAGAGAUUAA